AUGCCGCCAGCUCUCAGGAUUUGGGCUCUGCUGUGUGUGUCGCUGUGCAGCCUGUGUCAACCGGCUCUUCUGAAAAAGGCUUUCCGAUGUCCUUCAACAUGCAGCUGCUCCAAGGAGUCCAUCAUAUGCGUCGGAUCCUCCAACAUCCCGAGGAUUGCCCCCAACGAGAUCACUUCGUUGAGUAUCGUCAAUGGGACUUUCUCUGAGGUCAGAGAGGCGAUGUUUGCCCACAUGCCUACCCUUCAGCUACUACUUUUGAACUCUAACUCUCUGACAACUGUAAGAGAUGACGCUUUCUCAGGCCUUCCACAUUUGGAGUACCUAUUCAUUGAGAGCAACAAGUUGGAGACUACAUCAAAAUAUGCCUUCAGAGGACUCAGGGACCUGACUCACUUGUCAUUGGCAAACAACAACAUUAAAUUCUUACCCAGGGAUGUUUUCAUUGACCUGGACUCACUGAUCGAGCUGGACUUGAGAGGCAAUGCCUUUGAGUGCGACUGCAGAGCCAAGUGGCUCAUGAUGUGGCUGAAAAGCACUAACGCCACGGUGUCGGAUGUUGUGUGUGCCGGGCCGGAGGACAUGAAGGGCAAGCGCCUCAAUGACAUGAACAGCCUGCACAACGAGUGCACCUCGACAGAUUUUGUCGUUCAUCAAUCUGUGGCCUCUGAGUCCCUGUCUGUUGAUACGUUCAGCUUCAAAAAUGAUGUCUAUGUCACUAUUGCUGCUCCCAGCAUAGACAGCUGUAUGGUUUUACAAUGGGACCACAUUGAAAUGAACUUCAGGACAUACGAUAAUAUCACUGGUCAGUCCAUUGUUGGCUGCAAGGCAGUUAUCAUCCAGGAUGAGGUUUACGUCAUCGUGGCUCAGCUGUUUGGUGGUUCCCACAUUUACAAGUUUGACGAUGACCAAAGCAGGUUCAACAAGUUCCAGGACACAGAGGUGUCCAAGAUCUCCAAGCCCAAUGACAUCGAAGCAUUUCAGAUCGGAUCAGACUGGUUCUUUGUCAUUGCCGACAGCUCUAAAGCGGGCUUGUCGACGCUCUACAAGUGGAACGAAAAUGGUUUCUACUCAUACCAGUCCCUGCACGAGUGGUUCCGUGACACGGAUGCAGAGUUCUUGAACUUAGACGGAAAGGCUCAUCUGAUCUUAGCCAGUCGCUCACAGGUUCCGGUGAUCUACCAGUGGAGUCGGAGCAACCAGCAGUUCAUCCUACAAGGUGAUAUCCCGAACAUGGAGGACGUAGUAGCUGUGAAACACUUCAGGAUCAAAGAGGAGCUCUACCUUGCCAUGACCCGCUACAUCGGCGACUCCAAGGUCCUAAAAUGGGGACCCAAACAAUUUGCUGAGAUCCAGGCUGUACCAUCCAGAGGCUCUAUGAUCCUACAGCCAUUCUCCUUCAAGGAACGCUACUACCUGGCUUUGGGAAGUGACUAUACAUUCUCGCAAAUCUACCUGUGGGAUGAUGGCGAGAAAAUCUUUGAGCGCUUCAAGGAGGUCUACAUCCAGGCUCCGCGCUCUUUCACUGUGGUCUCAACCGAUCGCAGGGACUUCAUAUUUUCCUCCAGCUUUAAGGGGAACACACAGAUCUUGGAACACAUUAUUAUUGACCUGACACUGUGAGAGGCUGUGCCUUAUUGUCUCUCCUACAGUCAAAAGUCUUCCCAUCUGAAAAAAAAAAAAAACAUAAACAAGACUUUCUAGAUGGGCAAAUUCCAAUAAUGCAUUUAUAGCUAUGACUUAAAAAAUAGAUCAGGUGUUGGCUUAAAUCUUCCUAAACAGAUGCUCAUCUGAAUAGCUUCAUGAGCUAAAGGAGCUCCAAGAAUGUUUAUGUUUGCUCAUAAUUUGCCAGUGAGAGCACAGUAGACAUGUGCCUCAUUCUUCAUGUCUUCAUGGCCUGUGAUAUAUUACGCCCUUUUCAGAGGAGAAUUUCAGUGUUUUCAUGGACUUGCAGUGCCUCCUCCUGGUUGUUAUGGAGUAUCACACCCUGCUUCCCUUAAAGGAAGUCUCUUGAAAGCACAAACCUUUAAGUAUCAUAGCUGAGAUCUUAGAAUGUAGCUGAAUUUUGGAAAUGUUAAAGUAGGUGCUAUUGAGUGUAAUAUACAUGGCAAGACAAUAGAAAAUUAUAAUAAAUGUUUGUUUUCAGAAGUAAAAAGUUAAAUACUUAGUUCAGGGUAUAUCAGAUUUUCACCUCAGAUACAUUUGCUUGGAUGGAGGUUUCUCAUUUUGUUUCAACUUUAGAUCACAGGUAGAUUUUGUGUUGAUCAGGUAAAUGUAACAUAAUUGCAAUUUUGAAAAAUGAAAAGUUCCUUGUUAGUCAGGUAAAGUUUUCUGAGUAUCAAAAUAAAAAGAAAAUUGUAAAUAUAUUUACUGAGACAUAAAGCCUUUCUCUCUUCUCUUCCUAAAAAAAAAAAGAAUGCUGACCUCUUCUCAAGUGUACAUAUAAUCGUGACUGCAAUGCCACAACCAGUUCUUAACAGUUCUUUGCACUUACUAACAAAAAAACAAUUGUUCCUGUAGCCUGCAACAGCAUGACUUAAAAAAGUAAAAAAAAAGAAAUGAUUUAUUUUUUGGAAAAAAACUGACAAAGUCUUUAAGUGCUUCUAAUAGGGUGAAUGUCACAGCAAGUAAAAAAAAAAAAAGAAAUAUGCAAGCUUU